UCUCCAUAUCACCAUCGCGUGCCCGCCAACGUCUCCAACUUGUUGCCUGUGACCCCUAUAGCACUUCCCUCGUGCUGGAAAACACCCUGCGCGGUGUGCCCUCCUGGGUUAAAAGUCAAAUAGACUGUACUGGAAACGGUAGAAUUCACGACGUGAGGCGUCCAUGGACUGCCUGCAGACGGACCGAAUGAACUUCAAACUGUGCCAGCCCAUAUAAUAGAAUCAAUCAAUCCUCUUUGCUCUGCACCGAACAACGAGCUCCCACUAUAUACAAGCCUGCCCCGUACAUUGCUGCGCCUGCGAAGGGCUCCGAGGCUCUGAAGACAACUUUAGAGCCUGGGGAAUCCGGUUUUGUCGCAACUCACAUCGUCACGGUGAUAGAAGCGGGGGAUAUCUUAUCAGAGUCCCAUAUUUGAACCCCACGCAUUGUCUGCCAUUUACGACAUACCAUACCACAUCCAACAACGAUUUCGAAGCUUUUGCUUCAGUAUUCUAUAAAGAACGACGAGCCCUAUACGUCCCCGGCGUUCUAUAGGGGACGACGAACAUACACACGAACCAACCCAUACUUCUUCAGCGUUCUAUAAUGGACGACGAUGCUACCCAGCCAGCGACCCAGCUGGUCAUGGACCCGCGUCGUCUUGGAGACCAUGUCUCCGAUCUCGAAGACGAUGAUCUCACCGACAUCUUCUGUAUCCUACACCCAGUGUCGCUGUCGGCAUUAAAUGCUGUGACACACAUUGGCGACGUCGCCCCUGAACAUACUGUUAGCCGUGCCUCUGCUCCCAUCAAAAUUCGAGGCGGGCCAGAUAUCACAGAUCCUAACACUAUGGAUCUUGCUGAGCAGGGUCUCGUGUCCCGUGACAUUGCACUUCGACUGUCUGCAAAACUGAUUGAUCCCUUGGCUGGGUAUACUUUUGGUCGGAACACUCAGCGCUGUGAUUUUGUUCUCAGAUAUCCCACUGUUGAAGGAACGAGCCGUAUUAGCAAUGUCCAUUUCAGGAUUUUCAUCACCAUAGAUGGUAUAGUCAUGAUAGAAGAUCAGUCAACAAACGGCACUGUGGUUGAGGGUAAGAAGUUGAGAUUCAAGGAUAAAGAAAAUGAUGCUCCUCACAAACAUACGCUUUCACAUGGCUCGCUUGUCAGCCUGUCGAUGAAUGCACCAGACGAGGACCUUCGGUUCGUUGUCCGCAUUCCGCAGCGUGAGGGGAUAUAUGAAGACAUUUUUUCGCAGAAUCUUGCAGACUAUUUUGCCCGCAUGUCGCUCCUCAGGAAAAACAGGGACGCCCAGGUCAAAACGGAUGUUGCCGGACAAGCUCCUGAUAUAUUCGCUGUGCAGAACUAUCCUGGAGGCAAUGGUCAUGGUCCAGAUCAGACUCUGAUUAAUAGGCGUCCCAAAGAGUGGCGUGGCGGGGUCAAAUAUAACAAGUCCCGUGUCAUUGGCAAGGGAGCUUUCGCAACUGUCUAUAUGAUAAGUGCCAAGUAUGAUGGGACUGUAUAUGCCGCAAAGGAGCUUGAGAAGCGCCGAUUCGUGAAAAAUGGCAUCUUGGAUCAAAAGGUUGACCAAGAAAUGAGGAUCAUGAGUAGUAUCAAACACCCAAAUAUUGUCCAAUAUAUAGAGCAUGUGGACUGGGAAGAUCAUCUUUACAUAAUCAUGGAUUAUGUUCCAGAAGGUGAUCUUGGUAGCCUCGUAUCUUCUCGUGGCACUCUUUCUGAGGUGUCCACGAAGACGCUUGCUAAGCAGAUGUUUUCGGCGUUGAAAUAUUUGCAUGACAAGGGUAUAACGCACCGCGACAUUAAGCCAGACAACAUCCUCGUCCAGAGUUUCGAUCCAUUCCAUGUUAAGCUAACCGAUUUCGGCCUGUCAAAGAGAAUUGAAAACGAGGACACAUUCAUGCGCACCUUUUGUGGUACACUUCUUUAUUGUGCUCCAGAAGUAUACUCGGAAUACCUCUCUUAUUUCCUCGACCCGGCUGAUAUUCAAGCACAAGCCCGAAUUAAGAGUAAGAAAUUCAAAAGAUACGAUCAAGCUGUUGAUCUAUGGUCUUUGGCUGGGGUUUUGUUCUAUUGUCUGAGCGGAAGUCCUCCAUAUCCGGCAAAGAGUGGGACGACGUACCAACAACUCCUCCAUAGUAUUAUGAGGGGUCCGCUGGAUAUUCGUCCACUGCAGCUUGCGGGCGUGUCUGAAGAGGGUAUCGACAUGAUCAAGUCGAUGCUUCAUAAUCAGGCACCAUAUCGGCCGAGUAUUGAAGAACUAGAGGAGAGUCAGUGGAUAAACCCCGGAAGUACUCGACAAGCAGACGUUCGCUUGGAGCACACUGCUUCUCAAUUAAGUAUCCAGGACCAGAGCGACUCACUCGGAACUAGUGACGAGAUUGACCUUAUAAACGCAAUGGUAGAUACUAAGAAUCUUGAGAUUCCUAGUAGCUUCAUUAGUGGUGACGAGGGUAGCUCCGGUAACAGCGAGAAGUUUGCUGUCAACAAUACGACAAGCAACCAGCCACGCCUAUUUGGGGAAGUGAAUUUAUCUGCCUUACGUAGCUCUGGGGUAAUUCCACAGGAGCGAUUGAACCUUCCUCUUUCGGACACUGGCGACAACAACACUGCUCAGUCUUCAUUCGUAAAUGUCGAUGCUGCUCCACUUGAUUUUGAAUCACAGAACAACUCCUAUCAAUCUUCAAUUCUUCCCGGACAACACGGAAAUAUGCCACCGUCACACCUAGGCACCGGAACUGCUCCAAGUCUUCUCGGUGCAGAAUCUAUGGUCGGAAAUCUAGCCAUGAACUCGCCAUCACCAACAACUGUUAUCGACGUAGCCUCUCCACAGGAGACGUUCACUGGUGCAGUGCCAGAUUUCAGAGAAUCAAUGAAGAGUCUCCGUCGUCAACGCGAUCCAAACGGCGAUGAUGAGCCACUUGCGAAGCGUGCCAAAUCCUCGCGUGCAAUCGACAUCGAGCUUUCGAAGACCGUUUUCUGGGACGCUAGGGAUAGGUCUACUCACCACCUCGACUAUCCCGUCAUGAGGAACUCUGAGUAUCAAGAAGCCAAAGCUUUGGCGAAGAUGUAUGGCGAGGAGUUCAAGCAUGGGGAGAGUGUAUUCGAGACCGUUGUUGGUGCCUACCGGAGAAGUGCGUCUGCCACGCCUGAGCCUCCAACCCGCGCUCAAUCAGAACCAGUGGCUGCUGGUGGUCCAGCGAAGCUCAACCGAGAUGAACGCGGAUUCAGCGAGGAUCGUGCGGUUCUUCCAACUGGCAGUUGGAUCAACGGUGUUCCGUCACCAGAGAUUAGUCAAUAUCUCCCCGGUCACUCAAAGGCUGCCAAAGCUGCCAGCAAGCCCGAAGAAAAGCCUGUCAUCAGCAAUGAUGUCUUCCAGCCACCUCACAGGAUCUUGGCGAAGCUUGUGGGAACCUCAGACUCUGUUCUGCCAAACCUCACUCUCAAUAUAACCUCCCUCUUCACCAGCUGGGGUCGCGGCUUCGAUAACAAACUUCGCCACGCAGACCGAACCGAUAACCGGAUCCCAAAAUAUGCCUUGAAGCUUGCUCUCUGGCAGCCUGGCACGAAGCCCUCGGCCAGCCCACCCACCGACAAAGACAACGCGUACGCCUUCUACAUCGCCACGAAAGCCAGCCACGGCAUCAAAGUCAACGGAAUCGUGCUGCCCAGCCAUGACUGCCGGUCGCCACAGAAGAGCCCAGCGAAAUAUUGGGGAAAGCUGCAGCAUGGCGACGUGGUGGAUGUGUGGACGCAAGACAGCAACUCUGAAGUCGUCCUCAGAUUCCGCUUCGACUGCUUCUGGGGCGAGAGCAAGGAGCCGAGACGCAGCGGGCAGUUCUUCUCCGCGAUGAAGGAGGGGCCGCUGAAGGAUGAGCUGGAGUCGUUCUGCCAGUGGGAGGAGAGCGCAUUCUUUCAGGCGAAGUACGAUGCGGAAGUUAAGGCGAAGGGGAUCAAGGAGGGUGGGAAGUAGGUAAACAAGGUCGUCUGAUAUGGGGAGAAUACGGAGCAAAAAGUUCGGGAGGCUAUAUUUCUUUACAGGGUCACGGAAAUCGUUGCGCCGGGUAUAUGUGUGCAUUGUACUACUAUUUUAGAGAGGGGUCUGUUGAUGGUUUCAUUUUCGAUACUGGUGGGAACGGAAGUCGACACAGCUCAUAUCAAUCCGGAAUGGGCAUUUUCAUUAUGUUUAUAUGGGGGGAGUUAUGAUGAGCGGCAUGAUACCAGAGAAUGGGGAAAUGGGGGAAGGGAGAAAAGACUGGAUUGGCAUUUGUCACCACAGACAGAACACACUGAAGUUGGAGUUGAGGUAUAGGAGGGAGCGUGAGUGGUCUUAUGGAUAGAGAGGUAGAUAGAGUUUGAGGUUGAGAUUGUGAAGCCAACUUACAGCCAGCAGUCCAACCACAACAAAAUGAAGACAG